AUGUUUCUGAGGGUUCCUCGACGACACAUAUCCAUUUCGUCACCCAAAUGGGCAGGACACAACAAGUGGAGUAAAAUCAAAGACAAAAAAGGUGCUAAUGAUGCAUCAAAAUCUGUUGCUUUUCAAAGAGCUACACAAGACAUUCUGGUUGCCGCACGUAGUGGAGGUGUCGAUCCUGAGAAGAACACAACAUUAGCAGCUGUUCUAAAGCGCUUGAAAGCUCAAGAUGUUCCAAAGGAUAACAUUGCAAAAGCAUUGGCCAAAGCAGCCAAGGUCAAGGGCUCCGGCGAAAUUUUGACCUACGAGGCCAUAGCAUGCAACUCUGUAGGUGUCAUUAUAGAAUGCGCAACGGAUAAUGCCAAUCGCACUGUGCAAACACUUCGCGAAAUUUUGAAUUCCAGGAAUGCUCGAAUGGCAUCUGUCGGUUAUAUGUUCACAAGGAGCGGAGUAGUUGUCGUCGGAGUGGAGAACGGUCCUGAUGUGAACGGCCGUCUGGAUGCUGUGACCGAGGUGGCACUGUCUGAAGGGAUCGAUGAUUUCGAAGCGCUGCCUCCAGAAGACGAUUCCCUGUCGCGAAUCAAAUUCUACUGUGAAACUUCUGCGCUUGCAGAACUCACAGACAAACUAUCGAAGCAUUCUGGUGUCGCAAUUUUAGAAAGCAAAUUCGUAUAUAAUCCUACAGAGAAAACUACAGUUUCGGAUCAGGACGCUGAAAUACUCGAGGAUCUCGUACACGCUUUGGAAGUGCACGAUGAUGUUAUUCACGUCACAACUAGUGCUGCCAUCUCUUAA